AUGGCAAACCUCAUUUUUAUGUUCCUUGCUAUCCUCUUUGCUACAACAACACUCACUGGGAAUGCAAUCUCCGAUUGCAAUGGUCCAUGCACUGACCUCAACGACUGCUCCGGCCAGCUGAUCUGCAUCAAUAGCAAAUGCGGCGACGAUCCUGACGUGGGAACUUCUGUAUGCGAAGCUACAUGCGCUCCCUCGACCCCUCUUACUUGCGGAACUGAAUCUUACACUACCUACAGCUGCUCCCCUCCAGUCACCGACUCCACGGCAGCCAUUCUGACGCUGAAUGACUUCAGCGAAGGCGGUGAUGGGGGAGCAGCGUCUAGCUGCGACGAGAAGUUCCAUGCAAAUUCAGAACUUGUGGUGGCGCUAUCCACCGGAUGGUUUGAUGGACGUUCGAGGUGUUUGAAGGAAAUUAUAAUUACGGCGAGUAAUGGGAAUAGCGUGACGGCGAAGGUGGUGGACGAGUGUGAUUCCAUGCACGGUUGUGACGAGGAGCAUGCAGGUCAACCGCCGUGUGACAAUAAUAUUGUUGACGGUUCGGCUGCCGUGUGGAAUGCGUUAGGGAUCGACCAGGACUUGGGAAGGGUCGAUGUUAACUGGUCCAUGGCUUGAGUAAUCGGUUCAUGAGGACUACUGUAUCUGUGUGUGUCUCAAAUUUUGAUAUGGUUUUGGUUAGUUUCUUAUCAUGUUCUUGUUGCUGAAUGAUUCUGGUGUGGGAAUUGGAAUUGUAUUUGUUAAUAAUUGAGUACCUCGGUAGUUUUUUUGUUACGGGAUAACCUCUCUACAUAAAUAAUAACAAACUCUUUAAUUUAACAAAAAAAUUUAUUAAAUGUAUACAAUUUUAGA